GAUUUGUUGGCUAAAUCCCCUGAAAGAUAAUCAUGUCUGCAGACUGACUCGAUAUAAUGCUGUCUUCUGCAUAAUCCAAGUUAGCAGCAUUACUAUUCAGUGAUGAAGAAGUUCAUGGUAUUAUUUGUAAAAACUGAGUAAAUUUCAACUGGUGUUACAAUGCGUUCUGCGAACAUCAGUCAGUCCUACACAGCAUACUGAGAGUCCGGAAAACAAAAGGAUAUUUUACUCCCCCUGACUGGCUUCAAUGUAGAACUUUGCACAAAUGUGUAGCAGUUCGAGUUGCCACACUCCCUCCAUGUAGCACACAAAGCAAGAGAAGAGAGUAAAGAGAGAUACUAAACAGAAAUCUGAAGCAAAAAGAAAAGUAAUACGGAAGAGCUAUAUAAUUUUAUUGGGUAUUAUAAAUCACAAAUAGUGAAUGCAUCUGCACCAACCAUUGAAAACUAUUUUGACACAAAUUAUCAAUUGUCUCCAGCCGUCAUUGGUUUUUACCAUCCCUAGGACCUCAACCAGGUAGUCUACACCUCCUUAAACUGACUGUUGUGGAUUUCAUUGACUGAUGAAGCCAUGUUUUAUUUUGAUUACCACUGGUUCUUUUCUAACCUAAUCCUACACAGGCUGAUAUUGCCUAUUGUCGAGGAGGAGUGAAACGCAGUUGAUAUAAGUGGUAUACAAACUACUCAUCUCAGUCCAUCAGUAGUAUAUAGUCUGAAGACAAAGAAGAUCUUUAUAUUUUCAUGUAUCUACUCAAGUUAUUGUGUCCUGCUUAUUUCAGUAAUGCGAUACCCUUAUCAGCUAAAAAUAUAAGCCAAAUUUUUAAAAACUUGAAUCAUUAUACCAACUGUUUUAUCUUAUCAGGGUGAUUUAAUUUAGUAAAGUGAUAUGACACAUUUUCAUUUUGUAUUAAAUUUGUGAAAUAUUGUUAAUUGUCAUCUACACAUUGACGAAAUGGAUUUCUUUAAAUUUCGCUGAUAGUUUCCGCUGUCUAUAAAUGUGUAUUGAUUAGUCUAGUGGUUUAAGUGUCUGUUAGUCACAGUUUGUUGAUUUCACCUGCAUAUCACUUUUACUUAUUCUGUUAUAUGCAUAUUUCUUUGUUGUUAUUGUUGCUAUUAAUGCAUGUUAACUCUUCCUUACUUGUAGUAAACAAAAAUGGAUAAACAGAAAUCGAGGAAAAAACGCAAAGCUUACUAUCGAAAGUGUGCAGCAGCUUCCAAGAAAUCACGUGUGAAUGACCCAAAUAAUUCUCAGACUGUCGUACCGAGAAAUCUGCAGCCCGCUCAUAUUGAAACUUAUCGUUUAUUGAAUCAUACAUUAGAUGAAAUAUCAGGCAAAUGUGAUAUAUCAAAACCUGAAAAAACCGGAGAAAAUCAAAAUCAUGAUCCAGUGGAUAAAGAUAGCACGGUAGUGGAUUCUGAAUCUACUAGUGUAGUUGCUGAUGAAAAGGAUGAGGAUGUAGAGGAUAUAUAUGCUCAGUUGCUUCGUGAAAAUUGUUCAACAAAUCUGAAUAGCUCCGGAAAGAAGUGUUCUUUUUAUCCUGUAAAAACGCAUAUCAGUAAUUGUUCUUUUAUCCUGCAUCGAACGGAUAUAGUUUGCCCUGCAGAACUUUGCCAUCGUCUGUAUCAAAGAUUGCUGUCAACUAGCGAUGCAGAAUCGCGUCAUGUUCUUCGCUUAAUGCCUGUUGUAAAUACUUGUCGCUCAGACCUUCCAGUACUGUAUACUUGUCUACAGCAAGUGUGGUCGCAGUUCCUUGGUUUACCGUCAGAUGAGCUGAAUCCUAAAAAUACGGAUUCACCGGAGUCUGAAAUUAAAAUUCCUUUAGAGGAAACAUGUGCUCAGAAAAGUUGUGUAACUUUCCAUGUACCAAAGCAAACUGCAGGUGAGAGUACUUUGAAAGGACCAAAAACGUUCAUGAUUAUUUUCAAAGCUCGUGGCUAUAAGGCUAUUACUCGUGACGAUGCAAUACAUGCCACAAUUAAAGCAAUCAAGUCAGUGGAUUCCUCAUGGGAGAUAUGCAAUUCAUCACCUUCAGUUGUAAUUUCGAUAACUGUUCUUUGUAAAAUAACGUGUAUCAGUUUACUUGAGAAUUUUUUCACAUAUCGCAAAUAUAAUGUUGCAGAAAUCUUCACACCGUCAACUGUUGUAGAUAAGACUGAACAAUCAUAA